AUUUUUGUGUAAGACUACAUUAUUUUUUUAAUAGUUCCUAAUGCAAAAUGCUUAUCCACGAAUUAAUGUAUUGCUGUUGUCUAUUUUCAGAUCAAUGCUACAAGAAUGGUCGGUUUUACGAUGUUGGAGAAUCCGUCAAAGAUAACUGUAACGAAUGUAUCUGCCAAGAUGAUCAUCCAUUCUCCGACCAUGUCUCAUGGUCAUGCACCAGACAUGCCUGCUUGAUGCGACGAGAUAUGGUUGAAACCAUCAACUAUGGUCAAUACGGAUGGAGGGCCAGCAACUAUUCUUUCCUUCAUGGUCUUACAUUGGCUGACGGAAUCAAAUACAGAUUGGGAACCUUCCAACCCAGCAACCAAGUUUUCAGCAUGUCAGCGUUGAAAUCUCACCACGAAGAUAGUCUUCCAGAAUCAUUCGAUUCGAGACAAAGAUGGCCAGGUCUCAUAUCUGACAUCAGGGACCAAGGUGACUGUGGUUCUUCUUGGGCCUUGUCUACUGCAGCUAUCGCUUCCGACAGACUCGCCAUUGGAUCCAACGGAAGAAUAGUCAAAACACUAUCACCUCAACACCUACUUUCCUGCGUCGGAGGAUCAAAUAACAGCUGCGAAGGAGGCAACAUUGACCAGGCAUGGGGUUUCUUGCGAAGAUACGGUGGUGUCACGGAAGAUUGUUAUCCAUACCAAGCAAGGACAGAUCAAUGUACCAUUCCAAAACUGAGCUCUCCUGAUAUUUGCCCAAGUGGUAGAGUCUUCAAAGAACACAUGAAAUUCAAGAUGACACCGCCAUAUCGUAUCCGAAAUGAUGAACACACGAUUAAGAAGCAGAUUUAUGAAAAUGGACCAGUACAAGCUAUAUUCAAUGUGAAAGAAGACUUCUUUGUCUAUAGAUCCGGUGUCUAUCGUCAUGUCAACACGGUUACAAACCUACCUCAAUCCUAUCAUCAAACUGGCUCUCACUCGGUUAGAAUAAUCGGAUGGGGUGUUGACUAUUCCAAUGGAUUCCGAACAAAAUACUGGCUCUGUGCCAAUUCUUGGGGACCCAACUGGGGAGAAAAAGGUUACUUCCGUAUUCUUCGAGGCCAAAAUGAAUGUGAUAUCGAGUCCUUCGUGAUUAGUGCUUGGCCCCACCUUCCACAAAGACUCCACCGUUAUCAGUCUAAGCGUAAACGAAGAUCCCUUGACGAAAAUACAGUAAAAGAAAUUCUUUUUGGAACGAGAAACAAGUAAAAUGGUUUUUUAAAAAAUCGUUUCUACAGGACUGUUUACACUAGGAAACACUUCGAAAUGCUUUUCUUUUUUUUUAAACCGAAAACCAAA